GAGCUAAUAUGGCUGAGAUACUUGUGUCCCUUGGAGUGGAGUUGCUUUUGAAUAAGUUGAGAGAAGAAUACCAGGGAUUUCUGGGAGUCAAAGAUCAAAUUACUGAACUACAAAGUGAUUUUGACUUGUUAAGCUCAUUUUUGAAAGAUGCAGACGCCAAGAAACAUAAAAGUGCAACGGUGAGAAAAUGUGUGGAAGACAUCAAAGAAAUUACUUGGGAUGCAGAGGACAUUAUUGAUACCUUUCUUCACAAGGACAAACUCGGAAAAACAAGUGGCAUCAAGAAUCGUAUUAGAAGACUUGCUUGCAUUAUUCCGGAACGCAAGGAAAUCGCAUUAGAAAUUGAAGGCAUAAGUAAGAGGAUCUCUAAGGUGAUUAGUAAUAUGGAAAAAUUCAAAGUACAGAAGAUUAUUGUCGAUGGAGGGUUUAUUGUACGACAUGAUAGAGAAAGGGAGAGACACCAAACAUUUUCUAGGGACUCGGAAAGCGAUCUUGUGGGGUUGGAAGUAAAUACUAAGAAACUGGUUAACAUGAUGGUGAAAGAAAAUAACGUUCAAGUGGUUUCCAUCACCAGGAUGGGUGGUCUUGGUAAAACCACCCUUGCUAGACAAAUUUUUAAUCACAAGAUGGUUAAAGAUAAGUUUGAUGGACUUGCAUGGUUUAACCAUAUAUCUGUGUGGCAAACAAUCUUGCAUAAUCUUGCACCUAGAGAAAUGAGUGAAACCCUUGGGAUGACAGAAGCUACACUCCAGGGUGAACCCUUUGAAUUGUUGAAAACAUCAAACUCAUUGAUUGUCCUUGAUGACAUAUGGAAAGAAGAAGACUGGCGGCAAAUCAAGCUAAUAUUUCCAUCAGAAAAAUGUAACCUCUUA